AUGAUUCCAAAAAGAAAUUAAUGUAUAGGGGUAAAUUAUUAAAUAUAAUCACCUGAAAAAUAACUCCCCAAUUAUUAAAAUAUGAAUUAAUAAUAGGAAAACUAAGAUGAAUUGAUUUAAAAAUUGAAUACGAUUGCCUAAAAAUUCAAGGAAGAUAUUAUUGAAUUUAGCUACUUUUUUAACGAUCAAUGGAUCGAAUAAAAUGUUGAAAAGGUAUAGAUAACAUAAAAUUUUGAAAUGUUAACAUUUCAUAUUCGUGGUUCAGAUCCUUUUGGUGCUUGGAUUUAGGUUGGUGUGAUAACAAUUAAUAAAAUACAAUCUUAGGUUGAAACAUUCUCCAGAAAAAUUUAUGAUGAUUCGUUCCUUUAAGGGGGUGACAUAUUAAUAUAUCAUGGAUCAUUUAAUGAAGAAAAUCAAUAAUUUGAAGGUGCAUGGUAAUAUUAAUAGGAUUAGUCAAGAGGAGAUUGGAAAAUAAGAUUUAAAGAAUAAUGA